GAUAAUUUACCUAAGUCCAGUGUUACCCCAUUCAAACCAAAACCUGCUUCAAGGCUCACCGUACUCCCUCCGUCUCCUUCGCGCCAGAAUCGCCUCCGGCAGCGGCGAAGGGCAUAUCAUCACUUUCGUUACACCAUUAAGACCGUCUCUUCGUCCUCUAUCACAAAUCAACCUCAAUGCCUCUCAAUUUUCAGUCAAACAUCCAAACCAAACCAAAAUCAAAUGAACCCUAACUCACUAAAUCUUGAAUUAAACGCGAGCAAAGGGAGAUUCGGAGACCAAACCAUAAGGGAUUGGCUCCAUGGACUACAAAAUACACCAUAGUAAGGAGAAUCGAUCGAGAAAAAUGGAAUUUCACCAACCUGUAAGACGGCGGAGUGGCCCGGUGAAAAUUGAAUUCAGAGCGAACGAACAUGAAGAUGAAGGCGCCUUCAGGUUUUAGUUGCCUAGUUAUUCGCAGCUUUGGAUUUUUCUGCUAUGCAUAUGCUGCUGUUGGGCAUUGCCUUGCAAGUGUGCUGAAGGCGCCCAACACCCAAAAACCUUACACAGACGCAAAACAAGUGUGCUGUGUUGUGGUGGUUGCAACUUUGACGGCGUAGAAGAUGGAAGGGAUGAUGCAACUACCAUACAUCACUACGGUGAAGCUCAUGCUCGGUUCACUCGAACGCAACCUGCUUCCUGAUGCCGUCAUCAGAAGACUCUCACGCUUGCUUUUGGCCACUCGACUUCGCUCUUCUUACCAACCUUCUUCUGAACUUCAGCUCUCUGAUCUUCUCCAAUUUGCUCAUUCUUUACAAGAGAUGCCUAUUGCAGUUAGUACUGAUAAGCCAAAAUCUCAACAUUAUGAAUUACCAACCUCUUUCUUUAAGCUCGUUCUUGGAAACAAUCUCAAAUACAGUUCUUGUUAUUUCUCUUCUGCCUCAAAGACCUUGGAAGAUGCUGAAGAAGAAAUGUUGAAACUGUAUUGCGAGAGAUCAAACUUGAAAGAUGGUCAUACAGUUCUUGACGUCGGAUGCGGUUGGGGUUCGCUGACUUUAUACAUUGCCAAGAAUUAUAGUAAUUCCAGGGUUACAGGAAUCUGCAAUUCCAACACUCAAAAAGCUUUUAUCGAGGAGAAAUGCAUGGAGCUGCAACUGCAAAAUGUGGAUAUCAUUGUUGCGGACAUUAGCACACUUGAAAUGGAAGCUUCUUACGACAGAAUAUUUUCCAUUGGAAUGUUUGAGCAUAUGAAGAACUAUAAAGAUCUUCUCAACAAGAUAUCCAAAUGGAUGAAAGAGGAUGGUCUUUUAUUCGUUCAUCAUUUCUGCCACAAAGCAUUUGCCUACCACUUUGAGGACAAAAAUGAAGAUGAUUGGAUUACGCGAUACUUCUUUACUGGAGGAACUAUGCCUGCAGCAAAUCUACUUCUUUAUUUCCAAGAUGAUGUUACAGUCGUCAAGCAUUGGCUCGUAAAUGGGAAACACUAUGCGCAGACCAGUGAAGAGUGGCUCAAAAGAAUGGAUAAGAACAUGGCUUCCAUCAAGCCAAUUAUGGAAUCAACAUAUGGCAUAGAUUCGGCUACUAAAUGGACUGUCUACUGGAGAACAUUUUUCAUAGCUGUAGCAGAACUUUUUGGAUACAAUAAUGGUGAAGAAUGGAUGAUUGUACACUUUCUUUUCAAAAAGAAAGUGAAGUCUUCUUCAGGAAAAUAGAUAUCAGCAGAGAUCAAUAACAAAUGACAUUUGUAGUUGAAACAAAGGUGAAUGUCCAUUAUUCUCACCAUGAUCUCUAUAUUGUUACAUCAUUUUAUCAUGUCAUAUUUCAUUUCAUCCACUUAUUUUAGCAUUUAAUGUCCAUUACAUUUUAUUUGUUAAUGCAUACUAAUUCACUUUGAUUCAUGUUUGUGUGUCCACAUGUGCCUUUGAGAUGCAAGUACACUCCAAAUUAUCAAUGUCCUCAACAACGUAAUCAAAUAGAUUGCGGGUAUUUCAUGUUGAGGUUUAUGCGAGAUACUCUUGCUUUGGGCCGAUUAAAGAUUCCCACCGAUUACUUUGAUGAAUUCAAGUGUGCAUUUUAUACAAAGGAUCAAGUGGACGAAAUCAAAGAGGAGUGGUGUCAAUUCAUGAUAAAGCUCAAUGUUUGUUCAUAAAUUUGUGUAAUUAAUGUGUACAUUUGUGGUAUAUGUUAUGACUUGUAAAUGUGUACAUAAAUUUGUAUAUAUUUUGAUACAUUUAAGGCAAAAUUGGUUUGAAUUGGUA